AUGCCGUUGCCGUUAUUUGGGAAAAGCCACAAAUCGCCAGCUGAUGUUGUCAAACAACUCAGGGAGGCACUUUUAAUCAUUGACAAGAGUACCAGCACGGAAAAGAAGACAGAUAAGGCCCUGGAAGAAGUCAGUAAGAACUUACAAGCGAUCAAGGGUUUCAUCUACGGUUCCGAUGGUCAAGAACCUCAUAGUGAUCAAAUUGCUCAACUAGCUAAUGAAGUUUACAACGCGAAUAUAUUGCCAAUGCUCAUCAAGCAUCUCUCAAAGUUUGAGUUUGAGUGCAAAAAAGAUGUCGGACAGAUAUUCAACAAUCUGUUGAGAAGGCAGAUUGGAACACGCUCGCCGACCGUUGAAUACCUUGGAGCUCGCCCAGAGAUUCUUCAUCAGCUUGUCAAUGGGUACACGCAUCCCGAAAUUGCCCUAACUUGUGGUUCGAUGCUCCGCGAAAGCAUUCGACACGAUAAUCUUGCCAAAAUCGUCCUCUACUCGGACAUCUUCUUCAAGUUCUUCGUAUUCGUUCAAAGCGAAGUCUUCGACAUUGCUUCUGAUGCGUUCUCAUCCUUCAAGGAUCUUGUUACUAAACACAAAACCAUGUGCGCUGAGUUUUUGGACGCCAACUACGAUAAAUUUUUCAGCAACUAUCAACAGCUGUUGAACUCGAAAAAUUAUGUGACUCGAAGACAGUCGUUGAAAUUACUUGGAGAACUUCUGUUGGACCGGCACAACUUCAACAUUAUGACAAAGUACAUCUCGAAUCCCGAGAAUCUCAAGCUUAUGAUGGAGUUGUUACGUGAUCGCAGUCGAAACAUUCAAUAUGAAGCUUUCCACGUGUUCAAGGUAUUCGUUGCCAAUCCGAAUAAGCCGAAACCGAUCUCCGAUAUUUUGAAUCGUAAUCGCGAUAAAUUGGUGGACUUCCUCUCCGAGUUCCAUAAUGAUCGAACCGAUGACGAGCAAUUCAACGAUGAAAAAGCGUACCUCAUCAAGCAAAUUCAAGAUAUGAAGGGUCCGUCGAGCUCGUCCAGCUCAUCACAAGCAGCGGCUGCAUCAGCUCACGCUCAAUCCGCGGGAUCAGCUUCGGGAACCACAUCAGCACCGGCUUCUUAA